GUGACCUUUCGUCUGUCUUACCCUUUGUGCUUCCAUCCAACUCACGCAGCGGUUCUAAUUGGCGAUGUCACUAGCCGCGGCGCGUUUGAGAUGGACUUCAGACAAUGAUGAAACACCCCUUGGCGGGAGGAACGACAACCGCUGCUCCGUAUCAACAUCUCCCAGAAGCCUGUGGUCUAAGCUUAAUUUUCAUCUGAUUAUAAAGAAGCGAACGCUCCAGUAAAUUAUCCACAAGGUGGAAGACUGAUUACAACGAAGCGAGCUCUCCAGUUAUAUAUCCACAAAGUGGGAAGCAAGAUGCUUUUGUCCAGUCUGCUCACCUCAUCCUUUCUAUUUGACCUCAUCAAUGCUGGCCAACCUCUGGAUGUCAACUUCCAAGCGAAUUUCACUGAGAUUGCGGAGAAGGUGAAGGUCAAUUCCACAGAAAAAGUCUUGGCAGCGGCUCUCGAUGUAUUGGAAGGUUUUGACGACGAGGAUUUUCUUCAGGACGAUUCACGAUCAGGCUAUUGGACGCAUGAGCCGGAAUGCAUACACAACGAUGAUCAUUCGGAGGAAUACUGCGUCUACACUGACAAGACGUUUGCUCGUGGUCGAGGCAUAUCAUUUUUCACUUCACCCACAAUAGCCGCGCGAGUGGUUGAACUCUCCGCAUUCACAGAUUCUGCAGUCCACGAGGAUGUGAACAACUUUGAAGACCCUCCAUGGGAAAUUCGAAAUGUUCCUGGACGCGGCAAUGGAUUAUUUGCCACACGAACCCUUCAUCGGGGAGACCUCAUCCUGGCAGAUACCCCCGUGGGCGUCUUCCAAAGCGAUGCAUUCUUUCUCGAUUAUGCAAUUGGAUACAGAUAUCUUCAUACAGCUUUUGACCGCUUGUCGGAUGCUACCAAAGAUAUCGUCAUGCGAACCGCAGCCCAUUCUCCUGGUGACCCGUAUAUGGAGAGAAUCAACACCAAUGCUUUUGCUGGAGACUUUGAAGGAGCGCCUCAUUUCUUGUUCUAUCCGGAGACAGCUCUCAUGAACCACGAUUGUCGUCCGAAUACUUUAUAUCACCAUGAUACGAACACGCUCGUUCACUCCACCUACGCGUCCCGUACCAUCCUGCUGGGAGAGGAAAUCACCAUCACGUAUAUCAACAUCCUCGAACCUCGCUCGGAGCGUCGCCAAGUUCUGAAUCGCUGGGGCUUCGAGUGUCAAUGUUCACUCUGUUCCCGCAGCAAUGCCGAGAUCAACCACUCCGAUUCUCGCAUUCGGAAAAUUAAUACCCUCCAGACUCAACUCUCAGACUGGACAGAAAACUCCAUCGCAACUCCAGCAAUGGCCGAAGACCUCCUUUUACUCUACGAGGAAGAGCAUAUCCACGCAGCAAAGGGAAUCGGACACAUGCUCGCAGCUUUAGCGUACAAUGCUGAGGGCGACAUUUCACUCGCGAAGAAGCAUGCGAAGUUGGCACUAGAAAGUGGCGUCGUGACUGAUGGGUCGAAAGAAGCGGAUGAGAAUGACUUAGAAGCGAUGAGAAAAAGCCCAAAGAGUCACUGGAGUUAUCUGGUGAGGAAAAAGCAGAGACAGGAGCGAGAGAGGAGUGUGAAAAGUGGAAGAUAAUGCUAAUAGUAAU